UUUUUUAGAGAGAGAAAAUUCUGAAAGAGAGAGAGAUGGUGAACGUGUUUACAGCACUGAAGCCAUUGUUACAUAUGGUGAUGAAGCUAGCCGGAGUGAAGCCCCAAACAUUAAAGAUCGAGCCCGGCACGGACAUGAACUUGUGGGUCCCAAACGAAACCACAAACAAACCUGUUGUGGUUCUUGUUCAUGGAUUCGCUACAGACGGUAUUCUGACAUGGUUAUUCCAAGUGCUAGCCCUAACCAGCGAGUACGCAGUCUACGUGCCUGACCUCAUCUUCUUCGGCGGAUCAGUCACCGAUAGAGAUAAGCGUUCGACGGCCUUUCAGGCCGAGUGUUUGGCCAAAGGGUUGAGGAAGUUGGGUGUGGAGAGGUGCACACUGGUGGGGCUUAGCUAUGGUGGGAUGGUUGGGUUCAAGAUGGCCAAGUUGUAUCCGGACUUGGUGGAGUCUAUGGUGAUGUCUAGCACUGUUGUGGAGUUAACCCAGUCCAUCAGUACUGCGUCGCUCGAGAACAUCGGGUUCCGUCGGUGGUCGGACUAUUUGUUGCCGGACUCCGGCGAGGGUGUCAAAGUUCUUCUCUCAAUUGGUACUCACAAGUUGCCGUGGCUCCCUAAUUUUUUUUAUAAAAAUUUUCUGGAGGUGAUGUUUAGCAACAGGAAAGAGAGAGCUGAACUUCUAGAGGCUUUGGUCGUCAGUGACGAGGACUCAACCAUUCCCGAAUAUUCCCAGAGGAUCCAUCUCUUGUGGGGAGACGACGACAAGAUCUUCAACUUGGAACUUGCCCACAGCAUAAAAGAGAAAUUAGGAGAGAAAGCCACACUGCAAUACAUAAAGAAUGCAGGUCACCUUGUUCAGCUGGAAAGACCCUUAAUGUACAACCGGCAUCUCAAGAAUAUUCUUGCAUCUUUGAUGGCAGAUGGGAAGCAACACUGACUUUUUAUUUAUUUAUUUAUUUUUCUUUGUUCAUUUAGAUCCUAAUGUAUUUCAAACAUUACUCUUAAUAUGCCAGUUCAAUUUGUGAGCCUGUUAGUGUAAUUCAAUUUGGCAUCAUAAUAAGAAUCUUCUACUUUGGUCUUA